AUGUCCUCUACUACCAACAUGUCUUCUAUCACCACCAUGUCUUCUAUCACCAACAACUUUUUCUCAAACGCCAUGUCUACCAAAAAGGCCAUGUCUACUACCAAAGACAUGGCUACCAUAGACGACAUCCCUACCACAGACGACAUGACAAACGAAAUGAAGGACAAGAUAACCUGCACCAACUGGGCAGCACUGAAGACUUAUCUCCAAAACAAGGACGUUUCCUACGGCCAACUCCAGCUGGAGUGUGGAAUCUGCUACCAAGUCAUGGACAUGCCUGCAGAUAUGGACCAGAGAGAUGAAGACCACGAGAGAUGGUACAAGGAAGGCGAAGAAACUCCCACCAUUCAAGCAUGCGGCCACAUCUAUUGUAACGCAUGCCUUGAAGAGUGUUACGGACCUAACUCAGACAUCGAGGGCGGCAACUGUUUCAAGUGCAGAACAGAGCUUGUUCACCCAGGAUGUGGCCAUCUGAACUGUGGGCAGAAGUUCCCCUCUACAAAGAAGCAUAUCGAUUCGUUCACACCACUACUGUCAGAAGGCGGCCAACUUACAGACCGCUGCAAUCUUUGCAUCGUGGGAGAUUACUGUAAUGAGCUUAAGAAGGUGGCUCAAUCCUACAACUCCCUACUUAACGACCCUUCUCAAGAGAUGGGAAUUUCCGUUUACGAUCAGUUCACUGGCAAGGCUUUCUACAUCAACCACGACAGCGACGAGUGGGACGCUAUGCGUUGCGAUACUCCAGAAGAGGCCAAGCCUAUCCUGGAACGCUUUAAGAAACAGCGCAACGCGAUCAACAACUCCAGCAACCUCUGGUCUGGUAUGUCUUUCGAAGUCGGUAUGAGUUUCCAGUGGUACGUCAAUAUACAAGACGACUUGCAAUACAAGAUCUUUGCGGAGGACGACGCUUUUACACCCCACCGAGCAGCAUACAAAGGUCUGCGAGGUUUUCUUUCUGAAGAUAUGCCUGCCGGCAACACAUACGACGACGCUUUUACAAGCCAUCGAGCUACUUUCAAAGGCCUGCGUGCCUCAUUGUUCGAAGACACACCCGACAGCAUCACAGUUUGA